UGAGUACGAGUCAAUCACAAAGCGCGAACAAGAUGUCUUACUACAACGAUCCAUUCUACAGCUUCUUUGAGAACAUCAACCAGGAGGUGGCACAGCUGAACAGUCUGUUCAGCGAUCCAUUCUUCAGAUCAUCGGUUGCCUCCACGGCUCCAGGCAACAGAAGACUGGACAACAAAAAGAGCGGAAACGAGGGAAAGGAGGUGGCCAGACCAUCGAACCAGACCUCAGGCCCAUGGGACCUGUUCAGGCCAUCCGCUUUCUUCGACGACAGCUUUGCUCCACCAGUUGAUAUCCACGACAACGACGACUCAUACGACGUGACUGUUGCCAUUCCAGGAGCCCCUAAGGACAAGGUCACCAUUGACUACAACAAGAAGACGAAUGAGCUGAUUGUCAAGGGUGAAAUUCCAGAGCGCGAGACAACCAAGACUAAGGCUAACAACACUUACACCGAAAGAACCGUUGGUAAAUUCUCACGGGUUUUGAAGUUGCCAGUGAAGGUCGAUGGUGAUAAGAUCCAAGCCAAGUUUGAGAACGGUCUGUUGAACCUGACCGUUCCAAAGAGUGGCGAGGAAGAGGAGGGACUGCAGAGAAUUGAGAUCUCGAGCAGUGAGUCGUACGACAAGAAGUCCGCAUAAGCGGGUCUCAAUUCCAAUGGGAUGAGUAGCUUGAAGUUGUUGGGUUUUCAUCCCAAGUUAUGAUUAUGGAUAUGAUAUGAUAUGCCGAAUUUAUAGUUCUCAAUCAAACAAUUAAAC